AUGCAGGGUCUCAAGAAGCUGGCAAAGGAGAAGGCGGCCGCCUUGGUGCAAGUGGCUUCAGGCCACGAGAAAAAGCAGCAGGAUUACAGCAUCGGCUACGAGGCGUACCGUCACUUUGCCUUUUUUGCAGGCCUCCUCUUGCAGGCCAACGCCCCAACGCCGACGAAAGCCGCAGAUUUAGUGAAGUGGUACCUCACGGAGAAAGCAUACUGCGUUCCCAGAGAUCUACCUCGGCCCCUUGUACCUCGCGUGUACACCACGUUGGUGAACAACCUCAUUUUGGAUUCUUGCGUGGAGGUUCUGGAAGAUCCGGUGCAUGGGCAGCAGCUCCUCCCAAACAAAUUUUUCUUGCUCUGGGCGUGGAGAGACUUCGCUCUUGAUUUCGACGUCAGAAUGAGCGCUAUUCCAUUUUAA